AUGCCUUCGGGAAGGACGAUCACGAUCUUCUCCGCGGCCUUUUUGGCCGUGGGAGGCUUCCUGUUCGGCUAUGACUCUGGUAUCAUCAGUUCAACGAUCGCUCUGGAUACAUUCAAGGCGUACUUUGAUAACCCCUCAGAGAGCAUUCAAGGUGGCAUUGUGAGCUCUUUCCAAGGAGGUGCUGUGCUUGGUACUAUGAUUAAUAUGGUGUUCGCCGAUAUUCUUGGUCGAAAGAAAACGAUCUUCAUGGGCGCUCUAAUUUCAAUCGUCGGUUCAGCAUUGCAGUGCGGUGCCAUUAAUAUGGGCAUGCUAAUUGCUGGUCGCUUCAUUGGUGGUGCUGCAGUGGGUGUCCUUACCUCAACAAUUCCCAUGUACGCCUCCGAAAUUUCAAUGCCGAAAUGGCGCGGCACGCUGUCCGGCCUUUUGCAAUGGUUCUUGAGCUGGGGGUUCUUCGUUGCUCAAUGGCUUGGUUAUGGUUGCUCUUUUUCUACAACCGCCUUCUCCUGGCGAUUCCCACUCGGCUUCCAGUGUCUCCCUGCUAUUGUUCUUGUCUCCGGUGUCUGGCUACUCCAUGAAUCGCCUCGUUGGUUGAUGGAGAAAGACCGCCACGAGGAAGCCCGCACCAUUCUUCAGAAACUGCGAUCAGGUGAAGACCCCGAAUUGAUCGAGCUUGAGUUCAUCGAAAUCCGAGACGUUAUCGCUGCCGAUCGCGCAAUUGGCAAAGUCUCUACGAAGAGUAUCAUUACAAAACCGUCUUGGAGGAGGCGACUGAUACUUGGAUGCGCUGUCCAAGCAUUUGGCCCCCUUUCUGGAAUCAAUGUUAUUAACUACUAUGGACCUACCAUCUACAAGAUUCUCGGUAUCGAAACGCAAACCUCUCUCAUGAUCGUCGGUAUCAGCGGUGCUCUGUCGAUCGUAUACUGCACUAUUGGUCUUUACCUGCUCGACAAGGUCGGACGUGUCAAGCCCCUACUCGUAUCUGCUGCUGGUCUUGGAGCCGCACUUCUUGUCAACGCCGUCCAAGCACAAUAUCUCAACGAGAACAACGGCAGUCAACUUCGCUCCAUGGUGGCGAUGAACUUUGUCUUCAGUCUUUUCUACACACCUCUGGGAAUCAUUUCCUGGGUGUACCCAGCUGAAAUUUUCCCCGUCGAGGUUCGUGCCUUGGGCAACGCCAUCACUACCUUCACCAACUGGGUAGUGAACCUCAUAUUUGCCCAGUUCUCCCCUACAGCGUUGGCCAGUAUCGGAUUCAAGUAUUUCUAUGUCUUCUUCGUCUUCAACAUCAUCGCUUUCUUAAGCUACUGGUUCUUCUUCCCGGAGACCAGGGGCAAGACGCUCGAGCAGAUGGACGAGUUAUUUGGAGAUCAGCUGAUUCCUCACGCCAUGGAUGACCCAGAGGGAGCUGCUGCUGUAAUGUCAAAGGACCCUGACUUGAUCGUACAUGUGACACAGAAGGAGGAAGCUUAG